UUUGCAGCAUGGCAAGACUUACAACAUUACCAAUUGAAAUUAUCAAUGAAGUUAUUGAAAAACUGGAGCCAAUUCACAGGUUAACCCUACGGAAUGUGUCUAGAAACUUCCGAACUGCUGUGGAUAGCCAUGGAAUUGGAUGCGAGGAAGCGGUAAUGUCACUGAGGCCGGAUAAUAAAGUCGUGUUAACUAUUGACGGGGAGCAAGUAGUACCCUUUAAUAAUUUGGAUGUGAUUUUGAAAGAUGAGUUAGAUGAUAUUUGUGUGGUUUUUGAAAGUGAAGAUCAGGAAAAACGAAGGAAUCUAGUAAAAUAUCUGGCUUCUACCCUGAAAAACCUGGAAAACCUCGAAAACCUGUGCACAGUCCGAAAUCUCGAGUUUAACGGGCUCAAAGCCCUGGAAAUUCUACUUCUACUACCAUUCUUCAAUGUUCAAGGAAGUCUCCACAUAGAGCGGAUCACAGGUGUGGAAAAACUUGAAGAGCUCGUUCAGCUGAGCCAAUGGAAGAAAGUGUCACGGCUAAAUUGGUACAACCAAACCGUUAAUGUAGCCCUGCUCGGGAACUUUUUCCAUAUUCCGUGGUUUUACAUAGUAGUGGACUCGUUUUCGGUGGAUAAUGCGGUUGGGAUCAGAGAUGAUCUUCUGAAAAACGGAUCCUUCCAGUACUGCUAUAUUCGCUUCCCCGACAUGGAAAUGAACAUUCCGGAGCUUGCAAGAGUAUUCAAGCCGGACUACACUGAUGGGGAAUCAUUUGAAUAUGGACAUGCGUUCACUGUUACGUUGAAUUCGUCAAGUUUUUGUAUUAGGAGGAAUGAAUGAAUAAAUUUAAUUUGCUUU